UAAUUUCAUUAGAUAUGAUCCUUCUCUUCUUUAUAUCUCACUCUCUCUUCUUCCUUUCCUCCCUCACUACCUCUUCUCCAUCCCGUCUUCGCCUUUGCCGUGGUGUACUUUGCCAUGGCUGGCCUUAUUCCUGGUCCUUUCCCUGUUACCGAUGAGAAUCGUUCACCAACCCGGCAAUCAGGAGGAAAGAUAUGCAGGGUUUGUGGUGAUGGUAUAGAAGUAAAAGAAGACGGGGAGCCUUUCGCAGCAUGUCAUGCAUGUAGGUUUCCUGUCUGCCGGCCUUGUUACGAGUACGAAAGGAAUGAAGGCACUCAGUGCUGUCCUCAGUGCAAUACUCGCUAUAAGCGUCACAGAGGCUCCCCAAUAGUCGAGGGUGAUGAGGAAGAAGCAUUUGAUGCUAAUGGCUUAGUUGAUGAGUUUGAGAUUAAGAUCAACCACCAACAUCCUACAAAUCAAUCUGAAAAUGGGGAGUAUAAUCAACAGCAAUGGCAUGCUAAUGGAAAUCAACUAUCUUCUUUUGCUGGAAGUGUUGCUGGUAAGGAUUUUGAUGGAGAAAAGGAGGUGAACGGAAAGGAUUUUGAAGACGAAAAGGAUAUAUAUGGUAACAAUGAUCAAUGGAAGGAGCGAGUAGAGAAGUGGAAAAGCAGGCAAGAGAAGAAAGGCUUAGUUAAAACCUAUGAUAGCGAAAAUGAUAAGGGUGAAGAAGAUGAUUUCCUGAUUGCUGAAGCAAGACAACCACUAUGGAGAAAAGUCCCUAUAUCAUCAAGCAAAAUCAACCCAUACCGCAUUAUAAUUAUCAUGCGGCUUGUUAUUCUUGCCUUCUUCCUCAGGUUUCGAAUAUUAACCCCAGCAGAAGAUGCCUACCCAUUAUGGCUCAUCUCUGUUAUUUGUGAGACUUGGUUUGCAUUUUCUUGGAUACUUGACCAGUUCCCCAAAUGGUUUCCUAUCAACCGGGAAACAUACUUGGACCGCCUUACAUUGAGAUUUGAACGUGAGGGAGAGCCUAACCGUCUAGCCCCAGUUGAUUUCUUUGUCAGUACUGUGGAUCCAUUAAAAGAGCCACCCAUAAUUACUGCAAACACUGUGCUAUCCAUCUUGUCUGUUGAUUAUCCAGUUGAAAAGGUCAGCUGCUAUGUAUCAGAUGAUGGUGCUUCAAUGCUUCUGUUUGAUACACUGUCUGAAACUUCCGAGUUUGCGAGGAGAUGGGUUCCGUUUUGUAAGAAGUAUAACAUUGAGCCUAGGGCUCCUGAGUUUUACUUCUCGCAGAAAAUGGAUUAUUUGAAGGAUAAGGUCCAAGCUACAUUUGUCAAAGAUCGACGAGCCAUGAAAAGAGAAUACGAAGAGUUCAAGAUCAGAAUUAAUGCAUUGGUGGCGAAAGCAGUGAAGAAACCUGAAGAGGGGUGGGUUAUGCAAGAUGGAAAUCCAUGGCCUGGGAAUAACACACGAGAUCAUCCUGGCAUGAUUCAGGUUUAUCUAGGAAGUGAGGGAGCACUAGAUGUGGAAGGUAAGGAGUUGCCAAAGCUAGUUUAUGUCUCACGUGAGAAGCGACCUGGAUACAAUCACCACAAGAAAGCCGGUGCCAUGAAUGCUAUGGUCCGCGUUUCAGCAGUGCUUACAAAUGCACCAUUCAUAUUGAAUCUUGAUUGUGAUCACUACGUCAACAAUAGUAAGGCUGUUAGAGAAGCUAUGUGCUUCUUAAUGGAUCCUCAAUUUGGAAAGAAGCUAUGCUAUGUCCAGUUUCCUCAGAGAUUUGAUGGUAUUGACAGGCAUGAUAGAUAUGCUAAUCGCAAUAUUGUCUUUUUUGAUAUCAACAUGAGAGGCUUAGAUGGGAUUCAAGGGCCAGUUUAUGUAGGAACAGGAUGUGUAUUCAACCGACAGGCUUUAUAUGGAUAUGAUCCUCCAGCAUCAGAAAAAAAGCCGAAGAUGACAUGUGACUGUUUUCCUUCAUGGUGCUGCUGUUGCUGCGGUGGUAGGAAGAAAAAGGCCAAGUCAAAGAAUAAUAAUAAGAAAGGAAUUAAGAGCUUGAUCAGUAAGCUAUACAGCAAGAAGAAGAAGACGAUUAUGGGGAAGAAGUACUCAAGAAAGGCUUCCACACCUGUCUUUGAUCUCGAGGACAUUGAAGAAGGACUUGAAGGGUAUGAAGAGUUGGAGAAGUCAUCCCUCAUGUCUCAAAAGAACUUUGAGAAAAGGUUCGGUCAGUCACCAGUUUUCAUUACUUCUACGCUUAUGGAAGAUGGAGGUCUUCCUGAGGGGACAAGCUCUACUGCAUUGAUCAAGGAGGCCAUUCAUGUUAUUAGCUGUGGGUAUGAAGAAAAGACUGAAUGGGGCAAAGAGAUUGGAUGGAUAUAUGGGUCGAUUACAGAGGAUAUUUUAACAGGCUUCAAAAUGCACUGCAGAGGAUGGAAAUCAGUGUACUGCAUGCCCAAGAGACCUGCCUUUAAGGGAUCUGCCCCGAUCAAUCUAUCAGACAGAUUGCACCAAGUUCUGAGGUGGGCUCUUGGAUCAGUUGAAAUAUUCCUUAGCCGACAUUGUCCUUUAUGGUAUGCUUGGGGAGGGAAGCUCAAGUUGUUAGAGAGGCUUGCUUAUAUUAACACCAUUGUCUACCCUUUCACCUCUAUUCCUCUGCUUGCCUAUUGUACUAUCCCAGCUGUCUGUCUUCUCACCGGAAAAUUCAUCAUUCCAACUCUGACAAACUUGGCCAGUGUAUGGUUCUUGGCUCUAUUUCUGUCCAUCAUAAUAACGGGAGUGCUCGAGCUAAGGUGGAGUGAAGUGAGCAUUGAGGACUGGUGGAGAAACGAGCAAUUUUGGGUCAUAGGUGGUGUCUCAGCUCACUUGUUUGCAGUCUUCCAAGGCCUGCUAAAGGUACUUGCAGGGGUGGACACCAACUUUACAGUGACAACAAAAGCAGCUGAAGAUGCCGAAUUUGGAGAGCUCUACCUCUUCAAAUGGACUACCCUUUUAAUCCCACCCACCACCUUGAUCAUACUCAACAUGGUUGGAGUUGUAGCUGGAGUAUCCGAUGCCAUUAACAACGGGUACAACUCGUGGGGCCCGCUGUUUGGGAAGCUUUUCUUCGCCUUCUGGGUGAUUGUUCACCUGUAUCCUUUCCUGAAGGGUCUGAUGGGAAAACAGAACAGAACACCCACUAUUGUUGUGCUAUGGUCAGUUCUUCUAGCAUCAAUCUUCUCUCUCUUGUGGGUUCGGAUUGAUCCUUUCUUGCCUAAGCAAACUGGCCCUGUUCUCAAACAGUGUGGGGUGGAGUGCUAGUUCAAUCAUGUACACUCCUUUGCUACCUCUUUAUUAUACAGCAAGCACAUCUGUUUUUUGUAUCAAAGUAAUAAUCUUUGUUUUUUUGAUAAAAGAGCUAAGCUAGAAAAAUUAUCUCCACCUUAAUUUACUGUGUAUGAAAGAAUUAGACAAACAAUUAGGUGUAUACCAGUGUACUGCAAGGAUUUGACAACAAAUAUUGUGAAUUUCAUUGUAACAAGAAUAUUUUUGAAAGUUGUUGCACACAUUUCAAAAGUAAUACCUUUAACAAAAGUAAAUUCACUCA